UUUAUGAUUGACAAAAAAAAAAAGGAAUUUAUGGAAAGUACCUGUAAAACAAUCCGAUGGGCAUAGCAACAAAUUUAAAUGCGAGGCAGAGCCAAAGAAAAACAAAGUCCAAAAACAUUUUCAGAUGGCAACGGACCUCUCGUCUUCCUCCACACUACUCUUAUCCAGAAACUGCAAAACUCCGCCGUUUUACCAUACAACAAACUCUCUUUCCCUAUCCAAAACUCACCAUCUCUACGCUUCCCGAAACGCCGUCGUUUCUAGGCUUCGACUCCUUUGUCAGACUACAGGAUCAACACAGUCCACACCAACAAGUGGUGUCUCCGACUUGCAAUUCGCUGCUCAAGUUGGACAACAUCGUCUUUCCAAGGUUCCUAUCUCGAAUAUAAGGAAUUUUUGCAUAAUAGCACAUAUUGAUCAUGGAAAAUCAACUUUGGCUGAUAAAUUGCUUCAAGUUACUGGGACUGUCCAGCAGCGGGAGAUGAAGGAGCAGUUUCUUGAUAACAUGGAUUUAGAAAGAGAGAGAGGCAUUACCAUCAAAUUACAGGCAGCUAGGAUGCGUUAUGUUUACGAAAAUAAACCAUAUUGCCUGAAUUUGAUUGAUACACCUGGGCAUGUAGACUUUUCCUAUGAGGUUUCUCGUUCUUUAGCUGCUUGUGAGGGUGCCCUACUGGUCGUUGAUGCUUCUCAGGGAGUGGAAGCGCAAACCCUGGCUAAUGUUUAUCUGGCCUUGGAAAACAAUCUAGAAAUUAUUCCUGUCUUAAACAAAAUAGAUCUACCAGGAUCCGAGCCAGAUCGUGUUAUUCAGGAGAUUGAAGAGGUUAUUGGUUUAGAUUGUAGCAAUGCAAUACGAUGCUCUGCAAAGGAGGGAAUAGGUAUAAUUGAUAUUCUGAAUGCAAUUGUUGAACGAAUUCCUUCACCUCGUAAUACUGCUGAAAUGCCGUUGAGGACUUUAAUAUUUGACAGUUACUAUGAUCCAUAUCGUGGAGUUAUUGUGUAUUUUCGGGUCCUAGAUGGGAGUAUAAAGAAAGGUGACAGAAUUUAUUUUAUGGCCAGUAAAAAGGACUACUUUGCUGAUGAAAUUGGAGUUCUGUCUCCCAAUCAGAUGCAAGUGGAAGAACUGUAUGCGGGUGAAGUAGGCUACCUCUCUGCUUCCAUAAGAUCAGUAGCAGAUGCCCGGGUGGGUGAUACUAUUACUCACUACAAUAGAAGGGCACAGAGCUCGUUACCUGGGUACAAGGAAGCCACUCCAAUGGUGUUCUGCGGCUUGUUUCCAGUUGAUGCAGACCAGUUUCCUGAGGUACGUGAUGCGUUGGAAAAACUACAGCUCAAUGAUGCUGCACUAAAGUUCGAGCCUGAAACAUCAAGUGCCAUGGGUUUUGGCUUUAGGUGUGGGUUCCUAGGUCUUCUCCACAUGGAAAUUGUUCAGGAAAGGCUUGAGAGGGAAUACAAUCUGAGCUUAAUAACUACUGCUCCAAGUGUGGUAUACAGGGUGAACUGUGUAGACGGUGAUACUGUUGAGUGCUCAAAUCCAUCUUUGCUUCCUGAACCUGGAAAACGAAGAUCAAUUGAGGAGCCGCUUGUUAAGAUUGAAAUGCUUACACCAAAAGAUUAUAUUGGUCCACUUAUGGAGCUGGCUCAAGAUAGGAGAGGAGAGUUUAAAGAAAUGAGAUUUAUAACAAAUAGUAGAGCAUCAAUUACGUAUGAAUUACCGCUAGCUGAGAUGGUAGGUGAUUUCUUUGAUCAGCUGAAGUCCAGGAGUAAGGGAUAUGCCAGCAUGGAGUACACUUUUAUUGGAUAUAAGGAAAGUGAUUUAAUAAAGCUUGAAAUUCAGAUAAAUGGCGAUCCGGUGGAACCAUUGGCUACUAUUGUGCACAAGGAUAAGGCAUAUCCUGUGGGGAGGGCUUUGACUCAAAAAUUGAAAGAGCUUAUACCACGACAAAUGUUUAAAGUGCCCAUCCAAGCAUGCAUAGGUUCAAAAGUUAUUGCCAGUGAAGCCUUACCAGCAAUUAGGAAGGAUGUCUUGGCUAAAUGCUAUGGAGGGGACAUUUCAAGGAAGAAGAAAUUGCUCAAGAAACAGGCUGAAGGGAAGAAAAGAAUGAAGGCAAUAGGUAAGGUAGAUGUACCUCAAGAAGCUUUCAUGGCCGUGUUGAAACUUGAAAAGAAGGUACUAUGAUAAUUAUAACUCCCCGGCUUGCUUGUAAUAUGCUUCCAGUUAAUGCAAUUUGAUAUUUGGACGGAAAAGAAAGUGUGCCAUUUUUAUGUCUUA